AUGAGCGGCGAAGAGGAGGAGGCAGCUUCGCAAGGGCUGCCUAGUGUCAUUGAUGAAAUCCUUGACCAGUACCGCUUCAAUUGGGAACCUGAGUACCGCUUGAAGUUUAAAAAAGAGCUGGCGAGCUAUACGCUGAGUUUGGCAGUAUCCAAACCCUUCAAAGCUUCUACGAGAGUUCGAAUGAUGGUGAAGCCAGAGCAAGUGGACGCCGGAUGGCGACCGGGUCGGUUCAUCCAGAAGGCGCUGGUGAUGCCGCAGCAGCGCUUCGCCGCCGUGUACAGCCGCAAACUGGCGCUCAGCUUCCUGCGGCUGCAGUUCGUGGUGGGGUACUUUUGGGACACACGGCGACCCACCCUGGACUACAGGUUCAGCACGAAAUGGAACGAGGGUCUGAGGUUUAAGCGCAAAGAGUUUAUUCAACCCACCCGUAAUCUGCUCAUUCGCACCUGCUGGGCGCUGGACAUGCAGCUGCCGGAGGCGGAGGGCCACCUUGGCGGGGGCCAAGGCAGCAGGCAGGUGCCGGUGGAGGUCGAGUACGGCAGCUUGGACAUCAGCGUCACGCAGGUCGACUUCGUGUGCGAUUUCGAUGGCUUCAAAAAAAACUGGAAAAAGUCGGACCAGCCCAGGAGUCUCUUCGCGGCGGCACAGCCCUUGGAGGCGGCCGCUGCCGCUGCCGCCGCCGCUGGCUGCGCCUGCAGUUGCAGUAGUGGCAGUGGCGGCAGCGGCGGCUGUGGGGGUAGCAUGUGUGCGUGUGGGGCUGCCGGAAGCGCUGGGGCUGCGGGCCCCGUGGGGCACACCCGGAUAGCCUGGCCCUGGCAGCACCAGCACCAUCACCAGCACAGCAAAGUCCCAGACGGUUCCAAGACGGAGUCAGGGGGGCGCGGCCGGGGGACAGAGCUAGAGUCCCUCUCUCCGCCGUCGCCAUCGUCGUUGUUGCGGAUGAUGAUGGUGGUGCUGACGGUGAUGGUGGUGGUGAUGCACUGCACUUCCCCCCCCCGGGUUGUUUCGUCUUAG